CAUAUUCAUGUCCAAACAUAUUUAUGCAGUGGGUGGUCUCAGCUGAGCUCAAACAAUGCACUUCAUCUCUUGUCCUCAUCACAUAUUUCUCCACGCAACAACCAGUUGCAUUGGAUGGAAUAAAUCAUAUGGAAACAGAGUCAACAACAGAGUUAGAUUCAAGAAUAAUAAAUAUGAUGUUAUUGCUGCUGGCAGUGAGGGGAGAGACUCAGAGUUUGAGAUAGACCAGGAUAAGGCUCGAGAGGCACUCAAGAAGCUUGACCAACAACUUCAGUCUAUUUCUGAUAAACCCGUCAGCCCCCCUAAAAUCAGAGCUGCUGAAGUAAAAUAUACAAGAGAGCAAGCUGAAAUUGAUCGUUCAACAGCUCAAUCGACAGGGCUUGCUGAUGGAUCUUUCCAAGUUUCUUUGAUUGUGGUUCUUCUCAUCUUUUCAAUAUUCUAUAAUAUUGUAUUUAUUACUGUAAUCAAACCAUCCAUCGAUGGACCUGAUUCACCACCAACCACAUUGUCCACGAGAGAAGAAGUAACAAAAGUGGCUGUUUUGCAGAAGUUGCCACUGGGAACAGGAUAUUUACUUGAACCAUGAAGUUUUAUGUACUUGUAACUGAUGAUUGUUAUGUAAGCAUCUUUACAAGGCAUUGAUAUUUAAACUGAAUGGCAUAUUUAGGAUGGA